AUGUCGGAUACUAAGGUCAAAGUUGCAGUGAGAGUUCGCCCCAUGAACCGUAGAGAAAUUGAGCUGAAUACAAAAUGCGUGGUGGAUAUGGAGGACAACCAGACGGUUCUGCACGCGCCACCUUCCAAUGCAAAAGGAGACAACAGCAGGAAGCAGUCCAAGGUGUUCGCCUUUGACCACUGUUUCUGGUCCAUGGAUGAGUCCAACGUUCCCAAAUAUGCUGGUCAAGAGGUGGUGUUCAAGUGCCUUGGAGAGGGAAUACUUGAAAAUGCAUUCCAGGGAUAUAAUGCCUGCAUAUUUGCCUAUGGACAAACAGGUUCUGGCAAGUCAUUUUCCAUGAUGGGGAACGGGGAGCAGCCUGGUUUGAUCCCUCGACUUUGCUGCUCGCUGUUUGAAAGAGUCCACCAGGAGGAAAACGAAGGCCACACUUUUAAAGUGGAAGUGUCCUACAUGGAAAUUUACAACGAGAAGGUCCGUGACCUCCUGGAUCCCAAAGGGAGCCGACAGUCUCUGAAGGUUCGUGAACACAAAGUCCUGGGUCCAUACGUGGAUGGUUUGUCUCAACUGGCUGUGACCAACUUUGAGGACAUUGAGGUGCUUAUGUCAGAGGGGAACAAAUCUCGAACAGUGGCAGCCACCAACAUGAAUGAGGAGAGUAGCCGAUCUCAUGCUGUGUUCAGUAUCAUUGUCACACAAACACUCUACGAUCUACAAUCUGGGAAUUCUGGGGAGAAGGUGAGCAAGAUGAGUCUAGUUGACCUUGCAGGAAGUGAACGGGUGUCCAAGACAGGAGCUGCAGGGGAACGACUUAAAGAAGGCAGCAACAUAAACAAGUCUCUGACCACAUUAGGUUGUGUGAUUUCUGCACUGGCUGACCAGUCUGCGGGAAAGGGAAAGGCUAAAUUUGUGCCUUACAGAGACUCAGUCCUCACAUGGCUACUCAAGGACAACCUUGGUGGAAACAGCAAGACUGCUAUGAUAGCAACAGUGAGUCCUGCAGCAGACAACUAUGAAGAAACUCUUUCCACUCUGCGUUACGCCGAUCGAGCAAAGAGGAUUGUCAACCACGCCGUUGUAAACGAAGAUCCAAACGCUCGCAUCAUCCGAGAACUCCGGGAGGAGGUGGAGAAGCUUAAAGUUCAGCUAUCUCAAGCUGAGUCUUUGAAGGCUCCUGAGCUUAAGGAGAAGCUACAUGAAUCCGAGAAACUCAUCAUGGAGAUGACUGUCACUUGGGAAGAAAAGUUAAGGAAGACCGAGGAGAUUGCCACAGAGCGGCAGAAGCAGCUGGAGAGCAUGGGCAUCUCUCUGGAAACAUCUGGGAUUAAAGUGGGUGAAGACAAGUGUUUCCUCGUCAAUCUGAAUGCCGAUCCUGCCUUAAACGAGCUGCUUGUUUACUAUUUAAAGGAGCGCACGCAUGUCGGUGCUGACACUUCCCAGGACAUCCAGCUGUUUGGAAUCGGUAUCCAGCCGCUGCACUGUGUGCUGGAGCUAUGCCCGGACGGUGAUGUCACUUUGAUGCCCGUGGGGACUGCCCGGACCUGUGUGAAUGGAACAAUGAUCGAUUCUUUGGUGCAUCUCUGGCAUGGAGACCGUAUCUUAUGGGGCAACAACCACUUUUUUAGGAUCAAUUUGCCAAAACGUAAGCGGCGGGACCGUUUGAAGGAGCUGGAGAGAGCCUCCCCCAGGGAAAGCUUUAUUGAGGUGGACGUGGAGACUGCCAGUGAGGCAUCUUCAGAGCAGGACUACAGCUAUGAGUUUGCCCAGAUGGAGGUUAUAAUGAAGACUCUGGGAAACAAUGACCCCAUGCAGAAUGUGGUACAAGUUUUAGAAAAGCAAUACCUGGAGGAGAAGCGCACGGCUCUGGAGGAGCAGAGGAUGAUGUACGAGCGGGAGCUCGAAUCGCUUCGGCAACAACUUUCCCCUGAGAAAACUCAACAGCACCACCGCAGCAGCAGUGACCGCCUCACGUUCCAGACAAACACACCACACAGCAAGCUGCGACUUUGGACUGAGGAACGGGAUGAACUAUUCAGACAGAGUCUUUCUCGGCUCAGGGAACAGGUCCUGAAAGCCAACACUCUGGUGCGAGAGGCCAACUUUUUGGCAGAGGAGAUGAGCAAACUGACCGACUAUCAGGUUACGCUUCAGAUCCCUGCAGCCAACCUUAGCGCCAACCGCAAGCGUGGCGCCAUUGUUAGUGAGCCAGCCAUCCAGGUGCGCAGGAAAGGAAGGGGAACUCAGGUGUGGACUAUUGAAAAACUGGAGAACAAGCUGGUGGACAUGAGAGACAACUACAGGGAUUGGAGGGAAGGCUCAGAGGAAGUGUUCAGCAAGUCAAAUGGUAAACAAUGUGACCCAUUUUAUGAGGCGCAAGAGAACCACAACUUAAUAGGAGUGGCUAACAUUUUUCUGGAGUGCCUUUUCCAUGACAUCAAACUGCAAUAUGCCAUUCCAAUUAUCAGCCAACAGGGGGAGUUAGCUGGAAGGCUGCACGUGGAACUGAUGCGGGUCAGCGGUGCCAUGCCCGAGCGCCUUAGUGGUGGAGAUGACUCCUCUGAGAACUCCAGUGAGAGUAGCUGCUAUGAAGUCAUGGACACCAAUGGAGAAAUUGUCCACAUGGCCAAGAGGCUCAUUAUCAGGGUUCGCAUCAGAGAGGCAACGGGUCUACCCCUCAACCUGUCCAACUUCGUUUUCUGUCAGUAUACCUUCUGGGAACAUGGUGAACCCACAGUGGCUCCGCCAAUGGUGAGCCCAGAUAGACCUUCUCCCCGUAGCCCAGAUGCACAAUUCACUGUUCAGUUUGACCACUGCAAGGACUAUGUUGUACAUGUGACAGAUGAUUUUCUGGAGUUUAUAUCAGAUGGAGCGUUGGCAAUUGAGGUAUGGGGCCAUUGCUGUGCUGGAAAUGGACGUUCUCCAUGGGAGUUAGAUGCACUGGAAGCCAAGACUCAGACGCUCCGAGACCGGUGGAGUGAGGUGUCUCGCAGGAUCGAGCUGUGGGUCUCCAUCCAAGAGCUCAAUGAACAGGGAGAGUACGCCGCUGUGGAGCUGCAACCUGGAAAAGACAUCACCACGGGAGGAAUCUUUCAACUGCGGCAGGGCCACUCUAGAAGGCUGCAUCUCAGCGUGAAGCCGGUGCAAAACUCAGGCACGCUACCUCUGCUGGCGGAGGCCAUGCUGUCUGUCUCCAUUGGUUGUGUGACACUGCGCUCGUCCAAAUUGCAGAGACCUCUUGACACUUACCAGAGAGAGGUGCAAGACGAUAUGGAUAGUUAUCAGGAGGAAGAUCUCAGUUGUGUGAGAGAGCGUUGGUCGGAAGCAUUAAUAAAACGACGGGAGUACCUUGAUGAACAAAUUAAGAAAAUCAUCAACAAGCACGAAAAAUCAGAAGAAGAUGUUGAGCGUGAGGCUCGCCUUGUGGAACAAUGGGUUGGCCUGACUGAGGAGAGAAAUGCCGUGCUUGUACCUGCACCUGGAAGUGGCAUCCCCGGGGCACCUGCUGACUGGAUUCCACCUGCAGGAAUGGAAGCUCAUAUCCCUGUCCUGUUCCUGGAUUUGAAUGCUGAUAAUUUGACAGUGAAUGAGCAGUUGACAGGCCCACAUGCUGCAGGAGUUAACUCUAUCCUACCUAAGGAGCACGGAAGCCAGUUCUUCUAUCUCCCCAUUAUCAAGCAUGGCGAGGAAGAGGUGACAGCAGUGUGCUCCUGGGACUCAUCCAUCCAUGAUUCCGUCCAUCUCAACCGUGUCACAUCUCCUCAUGAGCGUAUCUACUUGAUUUUAAAAGCCACAGUGCAGCUCAGCCACCCUGCCUCCAUGGAGCUGGUGCUCCGCAAGAGAGUGGCCGUAAACAUCUACAACAAGCAGAGUUUUACACAAAGUCUCAAGAGGAGGAUGUCUCUGAAAAACACUCUUUACUCCUGCGGCGUGACCUAUGAGAUUGUUUCCAACAUACCAAAGGCCUCGGAGGAGCCAGAAGAGAGAGAGACAUUGGCUCUCAUGGCUGCUCGUGCAGACAGUGAAGAGAAUCAGGAUGGCGAAAGUUACAUUGAGAAAUACACACGGGGAGUUCUGCAAGUGGAGAACAUCCUCAGCUUGGAGAGGCUGCGACAGGCUGUAACAGUGAAGGAGGCUCUUGCUACUAAAGGAAAACAUCUCAGAAGAAGCCUCAGCACACCAAAUGUACAGCAUUCUUCGUGCAGUAAAACAGACCUGAGUGGCUGUGAGGAUGAAGACCACAAAGUAUGUGAGGACCACUGUGAUCGUGUUGACUGCUCCAAUUCUCGGGAUGGCUCUCUCUGCAGCACACCAGUCAAAAACAAGGAAUUGCCAGGGUUAGUUCCAGAGAGUCCUACAUUCUUUAAUUCCAGUCCCUUCAAGCUUCUUUCCCCUCAACCAUCCAAGUUUCUCAAGUCCUUGCUGCCAGUCAUGGAGGAGAAAAAGGUGAAGAAAGUCCUGGAGACCCGACCUUUGCUGGGACAAGAGAGCAUGCGCUCUUGUGUGGACAGCCCUGCACUGCUCCCCCCUCCCUGCCCAUGGCGCAGACCCAGGGCAGGCAGCGAGGGCCACUGCAAGUCUUCCACCUCCACUCCCACCCGCAGGCAGCUCAGCCACACACCGCCAGACGGUGCUGAGUCGGACGAGGAGGAGACUGUAGUCAACGUGACUCUUGGUCCGGACCGAAGCCCUCAAGAGCGCAGCGGCGGCUUCCAGGCAUACAUCCCAGAGGACUUCGCAAACUUCGACAUUUACAAUGCCACUCUGGAGAGCCGCGCUGACUUAAAGGAGAGGAGAGAAGUGUCUCGUAGUCCCACCGCCAGCAGCUGCACCAGCGGUUACUUUUCCCACAGCGCCUCAAACGCCACGCUGUCCGACCUGCCUUUCAGUUCCAGCGAGAGCUCAGAUCAUUUAAGCUGCUCUGCCAGAGAUUCCCAAGAUGCCCUGGGAUGUCAAGCUGGAAGGGGAUACACACAAAUUAAAGGCAUUUCCACUGGAUAUGAGGACCAGCAGCCUCUUGCUCAUCCUACAUCCUUACCUAUCAGUGUUCCUUUUGGCAAGCAGAGAACCUUCCCUCUGCCUCAAAACUGCAAUCUAAGUUGCAGUCAGGAGUUCACGGACUUUAAAGGGGCAGAUGACUUGGACCAUUUUACAGAGGGAUGGGAACAAGACGAUGGUGGGAAUCCCACAGAACUGAAGACGACGAAAAAAACAACAUGUCACUCUUCUGAUGAUGCUAAUGUUAUGAACAAUUCUGUCAAUGCCUUGGCUGCUUUACACAAAAAUCCUGUUUCAAGUAACACUGUAAUUGGCACCAUCACCCAGUCUUUAACCUCAGUGAUCACCUCUGCAUCACCAGCUGGCUGUACAUCAUUGUCAAGAUCCCCUCUUAGAGGAGGAGACCCUCCAAUCCGUGAGCCAGCACAGGGAGACGUGCCUCGCGGCAGCCCUUGUCCCAGCCCCGACCCCAGCAGCACGGAGCCCUCGGGUGACUCCAGUGGCGAUGAGGGCACCCCCGUCGCCCAGCUCCCUGACUGGAUGGCGCCUGGAGAGAUGGUGUGGGUGGGUAAGAGACGAGGAAUGGUCCAUUAUGUCGGAGGGGUGGAGUUCGCUAAGGGAAUCUGGGUUGGUGUGAAGCUGGACCUGGCAGUUGGUAAGCACAACGGUACAGUCCAGGGAAGAGUGUACUUCCGAUGUCCCCCUGGGCACGGCGUGUUCGUCAAGCCGUCUCGUCUGACUAAAGGCCCACCCUCCAUGGACACAGAACCAACCACCCUCAUCAGAUAA